AUGGAUGGUGUCAAUGACAGCUCCCAAAAUCAUUUCAUCCUUUUGGGCUUUUCCGACCGCCCUGAUCUGGAGAGAAUCCUCUUUGUGAUCAUCCUGAUUGCCUAUCUCCUGACCAUCGUUGGUAACACCACCAUUAUCCUAGUGUCCCGCUUGGAUCCUCACCUCCACACCCCCAUGUACUUUUUUCUCACCCACCUCUCCUUCUUGGACCUCAGUUUCACCACCAGUUCCAUCCCUCAGUUGCUCUACAAUCUUAAUGGACGUGACAAGACCAUCAGCUACAUUGGUUGUGUCAUACAGCUUUUUCUGUUUCUGGGUCUAGGUGGCGUGGAAUGCUUACUCUUGGCUGUCAUGGCAUAUGAUCGAUUUGUUGCAGUCUGCAAACCCCUACACUACAUGAUUAUUAUGCAUCCUCAGCUAUGCCUGGCUUUAGUGUCUAUUGCUUGGGGCUGUGGGAUUGCCAACUCUUUGAUUAUGUCCCCAAUGACCUUGGAGUUACCCCGUUGUGGUUACCUCAAGGUGGAUCACUUCUUAUGUGAAAUGCCAGCUUUGAUCAGGAUGGCUUGUGUCAACACAGCUGUUGUUGAAGGCAUUGCCUUUAUUCUGGCAGUGGGCAUUGUGCUGUCACCAUUGGCUUUUAUCCUGAUCUCAUAUGGAUAUAUUGUAAAGGCUGUAUUAAGCAUUCAGUCAUCCUCUGGGAGACACAAAGUCUUCAACACAUGUGGCUCCCAUCUUACAGUGGUAUCACUUUUCUAUGGAAACAUCAUAUACAUGUACAUGCAGCCAGGAACCAGCUCCUCCAAGGACCAAGGCAAAUUCCUCACCCUUUUCUACAACAUUGUCACCCCACUCUUGAACCCACUGAUCUACACCCUCAGGAACAAAGAAGUAAAGGGGGCACUAAGGAGGAUGCUUCUGGGUAACAGAGAGAUGAGAAAGGACUAA